AUGUCAACGGCACACUUAUUGAUUUCCAGCAACACCUCUUUUGCCGCUUUUUUUCUCUCUGUUUGCCAACGAGUUUUCGAGAAACGACCCGACUACCAGAACUACGUCUAUCAAAUGGGCAAAGAGAAAGCCUAUCAAAUGACGCAAAAGUUGAAAGAUUUGGUGGAGAAUAUUGUCUCAAGGAUAGAUGAUGUUGAUCACAUUGUGGCCGUGUCUCGAGCGUACGGCGAGGAUCAUGUCGAGUUGAAAACGAUGGGAUUCAAGCCUGAUUUCUGGGUGGCCUUGGCUGAUGCGAUGACCGUUGAAGGAGUGAUCCUUGAUAUGGCGAAUCAUCAGCCAGCCGACACAGUGGGUGCUUGGUCUCAACUCGUCUCCCUAAUCUUCUCCUCGGUUCGCGAUGGUUACUACUCGGCUCUGCGUGUGCAUCGAAUGAAUUCCCGUAAAAAUCUCGCUCGUCAAACCACCUCCGAUUCAACAAAUAAUGACAUCAGCUGCCCACAACCGACCUCACGAAACAAUAGUUUGAAUGGUCGAUGCACUGAGUUCUCAUUGUAUCGAAAGAUCUUCGAGAGUAUCAUCGAGACGUGCUCUGAACGCAGAAAUGUGCUGCAAAAUCUCAUCGGUUUUAUUUCCGAAGACAAAGAGCAAUGUGGAACCGAGAAAAUCCCGUUGACGUUGAUUGUGGCAAAGAAAAUGAUCUAUAGGAAUUGUCCGCAACAUCGAGAACACUAUCAACGCAUCUGUUUCAUUCACGAUUUGUGCUACGGAGCCGUGCUCAAGAAAACCCAUACGAAAGAGCAAUGUGAUCAGAGUUUCUGUGACAUGUUGAGCUAUAUGACAAAAAGCACCGACAAUAACCCGAAAUGUGCCGAAGUUGGCGACAACUUUUGCGCAAUUGUGCAAUCGUACAACUAUUUCUCCGAUGGUGAUUCACAAAUCGGCAACACAACCAUAUCUAGCCAGACCACCGAAAGAAAUCCUUAUAUU